UUCAGCAGCGUGCAUAGCAACGUAAUAACAUUUCUCUGUGUGUUGACUGAGAUGUCUGACGAAGGCUCUGACGCUGAUUAUGACGAUCAAGGGCCUAAUCUUGGGUCUUACGAGGGAGAGAGAAACGAGAAAGACGAACGGCAUGGCAAGGGAAGAGCUGUAUUGCCUAAUGGCGACAUCUAUGACGGGCAGUAUGAAAAUGGCAAGCGACACGGACAGGGAAUGUAUCGCUUCAAAAAUGGUGCUCGUUACAUUGGUGAGUACGUACAAGGAAAGAAGCACGGAGAGGGAGUCUUUCAUUACCCUGAUGGAUCUAAGUAUGAAGGUAGUUGGGUUGAUGACAUGCGCAAUGGAUAUGGAAUCUAUACAUAUCCAAAUGGUGAUCAGUAUGCUGGAGAUUGGAGUGACCAUUUGAGACAUGGACAGGGAGUGUAUACAUAUGACAACACAAAAUCGUAUUACAAAGGUACAUGGGUGAAUGGUAGAAGACAAGGAGCAGGAGAAUUGGUACAUGCAGACCACAAAUAUGUUGGAACUUUCAAAGAUGACAAGCCCAAAGGAGAGGGAAAGUACGUAUUCAAUCAUGGAACAGAGCUACGAGGACAUUAUGUGGUGAAAGAUGUGACUCGUGGUGAUGAUGAUGAUGAAGAAGAACCAUUGGUGGUAUCGGAGGCUAUUUGGAGAUGUGGAGAUGUGGCAGUUACUGAAAAUCUAGUGGGAAUGUCUCCACAGCAAAUAUCAGAAGCUUAGUGCACAUUUCAUGUUUAAUAGCAGAUAACAUGUUGUAACUUGUCAGCCUUGUAGAUUAUACAACAGAAAACAGUUACUUCAUUCAAAAUCAAAGUGGCUAUCAUUUGAGGGUAUUACUUAAUCAACUUAGCACUGCUAAU